AUAUUUAUAUAAAAUUUCCAUUUAUUAAUUAAUCUUUGAUAUGGAAUCGUGAGUAAGAUUCUUGAAUCGAUGGAAUUGUGACAAUGCUCUCUUUAAGAAUCGAGGACACUGACACUGAGUGAAUCAACCCGAUUAUCAUUAUCGUACUAUAUAAUUAUUGCAAUCAAUAUGCGUAAUUUCUAUUCUACGACUUUACCUGACCAGUAUGCUUAUCUAGAUACGUGGUGGAGGAAACGACUGUCGAUCGUUCAGUCGCUCGUACACGUUCAGAGUCCUUCGACAUAUGGAACGUUGAACGAUGUAGUGGAAAUCGUUGUUAAUGAUACAAUUGAUCAAUCGUGAAAUAGGUGAACGUUAAGGAAAAGUGUAAAUUUUUGGAGUGAUUUUGGAGUGACGUGAUCGGAUUAUUUUCAAAUUUAUUUGUUAAGUGAAAAGUAAUUGAACGAUGAUAACAUAGUAACGUGUAGUAAGUGAAAAUAUUGGUGAUAAAAUUUGUAAACUUGUAUACGACGAAAUAUGAAUGAUUCCUGAUUGAUUAAAGAUCUCUCUUGAGAUUAAGAAAUGAAAGAUUAAGAAAUAAAAUCAAAAUUUAAUUUAAUCUUCGUCCCAAAUAAUUUGAAAAUCGAUUUAUUUCGAUUUCGACAGAGAGAAAAGAAAAAGAAUAAACAUGAUAACCGAUCAAGAUAAGAAAGAAAAUAUAGAAAGAACGAAAUCCACGGAUCCUCUUUUGGAGGCGCUCGACAAAUUGGGCUGCGGAUCCAACUUUCUAUGGAUAAUAUUUAUUUUUACGCUCACGCCGACUAUAUUCAAUGGAAUGCACUCUAUGUCCUAUAUCUUUAUUGCAGAAGUUCCCACGCAUUGGUGCGCAAUACCAAGUUUGACCGCUGCAAAUUGGACAGAUGAAGAAAUAAGAAAUAUCUCUUCGUCCGAUUCGUGCACCAUGUAUAAUUACGAUUACGAUUAUUUCGCGCAUAUCGGAUACGAGGAAGCUUUGGAGUACAAAAUUUCUCACACCCUACCCGAGUCGAUCCCUUGUCAAUCGAGGAGCUUCGCAAACGAUAUCGAUGGAACUUCUCUAGUUCAAGAUUGGGAUCUGGUGUGCGAGAAAACAGCCGAUCGUUCGAGCACUCACAUGGCUUUGUCCCUUGGAAAAUUAUUGGGCAGUGCUUUUUUCGGGAUUGUGGCCGAUAAGUACGGUCGCAAGAUAUGUUACGCCGUUGGUAUAAUAAUGUUGAUCACGUCGGGUCCAGCCGGUGCUGUUGUACCCUGGUACUGGGCUUUUAUAAUCUCGAGGCUAAUUAAUGGUGCCAGCCACGCUGCUAUACAGUACUCGUCUUUCACGACACUUACAGAGGUAGCGAGCGAAAAACAUAGAAGGUGGAUGGGGAUCGCUUACAAUACUGGAUACGCUACAGGAAUAGUGAUCGUGUCGGGUAUAGCUUAUUUGUUACGCGAAUGGAGACACAUUCAAUUAGCGAUAUCUUUGCCUGCUCUGCUUCUAUUAAUACAUCUAUGGUUUAUGCCGGAAUCUCCGAGAUGGCUGAUAGCGCACAAUCGUCGAAAGGAGGCGAAGAUGUUGAUCGAUAAGGCGUCUAAAGUGAAUCGAAUUGAAAGAACGACCACGGUAUCGUCGACCAUACAAAAGCAGGAAUUGAGAGAUACGAAUGUUAUAACGAAUGUUAAUCCGAAAUUGACAUCGACGAAGAGCAUCGAAGAUAAAUUGCAUAAAAAUAUCAAAGGAUUUCAAGUGCUAAUCAGCAACGGCGAAUUACGAAAGAGAAUUCUUAUCACGAAUUUUACUUGGAUGACUGCGUCUCUGACUUAUUAUGCGUUAGCGUUAAACGUGAACAAUUUCUCAACAAAUCGUUACAUUUACGUGCUCGUAAUGGGUCUAACCGAAAUACCGGCUUACUUGAUACCAACUCCUAUUCUAAUGAUAGUAGGACGACGCCGUGGAAGUGAGAUUUUAUACAUCGUUGCGGCGCUAUGUUUAUUGUGCAUUCUAGCCAUACCGACCAGCGAAACGGAUGCGAUUAUGGUGAUAUCUUUGAUCGGAAGGUUUACCGCCUCAGCCGCUUAUGGCAUAGUUAUUUUAUACAGCUCAGAACUUUUUCCCACGGUGUGCAGGAAUUCUGCGAUCGGUAUCAAUUCCGCGAUGUCCCAUGUUGGAAGUGUGGCUGCGCCUUACGUCGCUGAUUUAUUAGGAGCCGUGGUAUGGUGGGGGCCGACCACGCUUUGCGGUGGUUUAGCGCUAAUAGCUGGUUUGUUAUGCUCGAUAUUGCCGGAAACACGUGGCAGGCCUUUGGCGAACACAGUGGACGAGGAAGUCAGCGAGGGAAGAGAGAACGUGUCUUUCCACAAUUGUUGCAAGUGAUAAAAAAGUGACAAAAAUCUGGACUCCUCGAUACGUACACUGCCGAUCAAAAGUUUCAAAUCAUCAUUAAUUCAAUAAUUUGUAUGGAAAAAUCGGAAUUCAGGAAGUUGAAGUGGAUAUCUGUGAUUUAUUAACUUCGAACUGAUAUAAUAAAAUUCGAAUCGAAAAUUUGAUUUUUGAUCGAUAGUGUAUCUACAUUUGGUCGCGUUUCAUAUUUCUUUUAUACAAGGUAAUAUUUUAUAUACGUUAUACAUUGUGUAGUUUCACUCAUUUACAAAGGAAUUAGAUUUAAAUCUGCCAAAUAUAUUUUACCCAACUGUGUUGCUUUAAGUUUGAAAUGGAAAUAAAUUUGUACUGAUUUAUAAUAAAGCUAUGCGAAAAUUC